UCGUUGAGGUGCACGUUCACGCUGAUGGUGGUGCCACGUUGGUCGGACAGUUGUGUCGGUUGAAAUCGAUACGAACAAAACCCCGUAUCACCUUGAUACGGUCGUUGGGGGUGUAAGGAGGAUGCAGGGCGGCAACAGAGAACCAGCCGCAGGGCCCGAGGCUUCCCAGUCCGAGGGCGGCCCCAGCCCCAGUGAAGAUGACAUGGCAGAGGGGGACCUGGGGGACGGGAUGGGCAACAGACCAGACUCCACUAUCAGAAAGAAGCUCCAGAGCCGGAGCGGCAGCAGGGGGCAUGCUGAGGAGCCGCUGCCCAGGACGGGGCUCCUGAAAAGGGGCAGCGAGGGAGGGGAGGCAGCCUUCAUCUGGACGUCUUGCAGUGGGCUGUACACAGUGUUCAGACAGGAGCUGGAGGUGGAGCAGGCGUCACCGCAAUGGAGGGUCAGGGGGACAGAAUCCCUGAGCGAUCUGUCCAUUGAGGAGGUGAGAGAGAGGCUACAGGAAGUGACCGAGGAGGCAGAGCUACUGCGCUGUGAGUUGGAGGUCACCAGUCGUCACCUAGAGGGAAAACACGAAGCACUGAAGAUCCUACAGGGACAGAGUAUUCUAGACAGGGCAACCUCUCACACUAAGAUUCUACUCCAGAAGAGUGAGGAGAGGACCAAGGCUCUGGAAAAGGAAGUGAAUGGCCUGCAGUGGGAGAUCACUUAUAACCAGAUGCACUUCAAGAACUUUGAGCAGUCCUGGGAGCAGAAAUAUGUCAGGGUUUGCAGUGAGAAAAAGGCUCUGAGUGACAGCCUGGGAGACAGGGUGAGGGAGGUACAGGAGCUGAGGACAGAGAACACUGCUGUGAGUCAGCAGUGUCUGGAACUCCUAGCCAUGCUGAAUGUCCGGGAACAGAGAGCCUUCCAGGGGACCAAGCCUUCAUGCACCCAGGGGAGAGAGGAGGACCAGGGGACCGUGCUGGAGCUGGCUGUGUUGGGUGCGUGCCAGUGUCCCAAUGUAAGGGAGGCCUGCCCGUGUGCCAGGAGUGCUGCUGCCAGCCGAAAACAGGUUCUCCAGCUCAGACAAGAGCUGGAGGGUCAUGGCAGGAGGAUGGAGGAAGCGUUGCUGAUGGCGGACGCUUUUCGGAUCGCCUUUGAACAGCAGCUCAGGAGGCGCAGCGAUCACUUCCUGCUUCUGGCGGAGACGGACAGGAACAAGUCCCGCCCACUAAGGCCAGAAGGCAAGGAUAGGACAGCAUCGCUCAAUGUGGCUCAGAGACUUAGAGGACUGCUGCCGUCCAGCACAGAGAUCACAGACGACCCCACAGAGACUCUGCACAAACUCCUCGACCUGCUGAGUGAUAAGGAAGAAGCUCUAGCUCACCAGAGGAAGGUUAGCUUCAUGCUAGCCCGCAACACAGAGGAACUAGAGAGACGGUUGAAGACAGACCAUAUGCAGCAGCCACAGGUCACGUCACGUUCUUCAGAGACAGACACAUGCAAGUCCAACCAUGCAGGCACAGGCAUCUGCAGUUCCAACCAUGUCCAGGAGAGGGCAGGAGUGGACCAGUGUCAUGGUGGGGCGUCAUCCUCAGAAUCAGACACCACAGACCUCCAGCCCUCCGAGAUCCAAGAGGCUGAGACGGAAGCCGCCGACCUCCAGAUACAGGGCCUCUCUCUGGGGCAGUCACCCAUGGAGAGAGGGGGAAGAGAGGACCAUCUGGUCACCCUACUAUGAAUAGUUUGUCAUCACGGAGUGAUCCUACCUGGCCUUCUUACUGCGGUGCCGUGCUUGAAGUGGAAUGAAAUGUGUGCCAGCACUCAUUUUGGGUGCCGAUACUCAUGAUAUUUAGGUGAAAGGUACUCAUUAUAUAUUAGAGGCAAUGUUCUGUAAGAGGUGCCUGCACUCUGUACCGAUGUGUACCAGCCCAAGUCGAGCACUGCCGCUGUGCAUCUGACUGGUCUUGGAACAACUCUGGUCCUGUAUAAGUCUGGUUUUACGUGAAUAUAUCGGCCUCUGUGUAGCCGUUGUGAUUACAUUUUAUAUUAAUAAUUCCUAGCACAUUACAAUUGAUAGAAAGUGACUAAAUGCUUUUAAUUUUGCUAAACCUCUUGUUCUGAAUAUUUCCUGACGUCUGAUAAGACGUUUUAAUGUAUCCACUUAUAAAAUAUUGAAGUGGAAUUGUUAUGUUGCUGUGUGUAGAAUUGUUCAAUUGUUAUUUUUUGUCAUGCAAAUGUAAGAAAUGGAUAUGUGCCAAUGUUGAUGUCACUGAUUACACAAUUACACAUAGCCUCUGCCUCCUUUCAAGCCAUAGGGCGCGUUUGAGUUGUAAGGCGAAAUCAACCGGCUGUAGACGAAAGUCGAGCAGUGAAGUCAGGGAGGUGUAUCUGCGAUAGCCGAAAGUCACAAUUUAACCACAAUGUAUCACGGAUUUGAUGCUCUCAAAUAUGACCCUUGAUCUCUCUGACUGCAGUCAACUAAAUGAACUUUGAUCUCAUGAUUUCUGUAAAGUUCAUGCAGUCGACAUGUAGGCGCAAGUCGGACAAUUUUUAUCCCCAUAAUGCAACACACUUUGAAAGCGACGUGGCAAAAUUGACCUGCUUGAACGAGCCCUAUGACUGUUCAAGCUCAUAAAAGCAGGAAUCUUAGUUAUCAAAUCCCACAAUCCAAUGCGAUCAAACACGGACAGCUGUGUGUAGGAUGGGGAGAUUCCUAGAAGUGAGAAGUGUGCAGGAGGGCAUGAGACAAGGGAUUGUGUUAUAUAGGUGGGGAAAGAUGUGUGUGUUAACUGUAGGGUUACCCAUGGUGCUGGAGAUCAGAGGUGUUCGGUGAGAGAAAGGCCAAAUGUAUAACCACAGAGACACAUUUCCCACAGAUCACACAGACCCACAAAGAAUUUGAAAACAAAUCAAACUCUGAUAAACUCCCAUAUCUGUUAGGCAAAAUACCGCAGUGUGCCAUCACAGCAGCAAAAUAUGUGGCCCGUUGCCAUGAGAAAAAGGCAACAAGCGGAGCUCAAACAACAUAAUACAGUGCUUUCGGAAAGUAUUCAGACCCCUUGACUUUUUCCACAUUUUGUUACAUUACAGCCUU